AUGACCCUCCUCGGCUCCGUCGUCCGCCAAUUUGUCUCCAUCCCCACGCUUUCCGCCUCUCUCAGCCUCAAGGGCCAGACCGUGUUCAUCACAGGCGCCAACACAGGCCUAGGCCUAGCGACCGCGAGAGAAUGCGUCGGGCGAGGAGCGGCCAAAGUGAUUCUUGCCGUCCGUAAUCGCGCCAAUGGCGAUGCUGCCAAACUCUCCAUCCAACAAUCACACCCAUCGGCGCCCGCCACAAUCGACAUCUGGGACGUGGACCUCCUCUCGUUCGACUCGGUGCUAGCGAUAGGCAAACGCGCGGCCCAACUCCCCCGCCUCGAUAUUGCGCUGCUCAACGCCGGCGUCUUCAAGUUCGCCUGGUCCACCUCGACCAAUGGCUACGAGACGGGCUUGCAGGUCAACCACCUGGCCACCGCGCUGCUCGCCCUGACACUCCUGCCAACCCUGAAGAAGACGUCCAAGCAGCUUGGCCACCCGUCGCGUCUCACUUUCACCUCAGCCGAGACGCACAUGUUCACCAAGUUCGCGGAGCAGGCGGCUGAGAAGCCGCUGAACGAGCUGAACAAGCAGGAGUUGUUCAAGGAUGCCAUGGACCGGUAUUGUGUGACCAAGCUGCUGAAUGUGUUCUGGGCAAGAGAGUUGGCGGCGCGGACAUCUCGGGAAGAGGUUAUUGUGAACUACUUCAAUCCGGGCGCGGUGGAUACGGGCAUCCACCGCGACGGUAACCUUCUCAUCCGCAAGUUCGACCGCUACGUCGGCCGCAGUGUCGAGCAGGGCGCCAGUCUCGUGCUAAAUGCCGCGGUCGUCAAGGGGCCUGAGAGCCACGGGGAGUACAUGAGCGAGGGAAACAUCAAGCCACCCUCGGACCUCGUGCUCAGCGAUACUGGCGCUAAGCUGCAGAAGAAGCUUUGGGACGAUACUGAGGCGGUGCUGAAGAAGCAUGUGCCGUCGACAGAGGGCCUGGACGAUAUUUUCAAGAUAUAA